AAACUGGUGGGGGUGGGAGACUCCACGCCACGUCCACGCGCGGCUGGCUGUGGUUGCAGCUGCAGCUUCCCCUUCCCCUUCUCCGGCGACGACGACGAAGAGGUAGCUUAGCUAUCUAGCUGCAGCCGCGCGCAAUCCUCGCCGGAUGUCGGUGGACCCCGAUGCUUCCCCCCUCCGCUGGCACGCCGCCGCCGCCCUCCCUCUCCUCCGCUAGCACCUCCGCCGCGGCAGCCUCAUGCUUCCUCCCCUCUCUCCACCGCCGCCGCCGAUGCCGCUGCCUGCCCACCCCCAAAGCCGCCGCCCUUCCGCCCAGGCGCCCCGCCCCGCUCUCCGCCAGCAACCUCCCGUUCCCCCAGACCCCCGUCGUCUCGGAGCCCACCCAGCUCGCGCCCCCCGCCUCCUCCACCUUCGCGCCCGGGACCUACCGCGGAGCCGGGGAGGACCCCCUCGUCUCCAAGCUCCGCACCCAGCUCGGCGUCAUCCACCCGCUCCCCGCGCCGCCCGUCAACCGCUCCGUCCUCGGCCUCUUCGCCGUCUUCUUCUUCGUCGGCGCCGCCUUCGACAAGCUCUGGACCCUGCGCAAGCGCCGCCGCGCCGAGCGCGAGGUCAAGGUCAACGGCACGUGGCCGCAGGUGCCCACCUCCAGCUUCUCCCUCUUCCUCGAGGAGAAGGACCUGCAGCGCAAGGAGUCCGUCGAGUGGGUCAACAUGGUGCUCGGCAAGCUGUGGAAGGUCUACCGCCCAGGCAUCGAGAACUGGAUCGUCGGCUUGCUGCAGCCCGUCAUCGACAACCUCCAGAAGCCAGAUUACGUCAACCGCGUCGAGAUCAGGCAGUUCUACCUCGGCGAGGAGCCGCUCUCCGUCAGGAACGUCGAGCGCCGCACCUCACGCCGCGCGAACGACCUACAGUACCAAAUUGGCCUCCGUUAUACUGGUGGUGCACGCAUGGCAUUGGCCCUCUCCUUGAAGUUUAGUGCUGUUCCUGUGGUUGUGCCAGUCUGGGUUCGAGAUUUUGAUAUCGAUGGGGAAUUGUGGGUUAAACUAAGGCUUAUACCGACAGAACCAUGGGUGGGAGCUGUAUCUUGGGCAUUUGUAUCCCUCCCAAAGAUUAAGUUUGAGCUGUCACUUUUCCGUCUUUUCAAUCUUAUGGCGAUUCCUGUUCUAUCAAUGUUUCUCACAAAACUUCUAACGGAAGAUUUGCCACGUCUCUUUGUGCGGCCCAAGAAGAUUGUCCUUGAUUUUCAGAAGGGAAGGUCUAUGGGACCUGUUGCAGGAGGUGUUGCAAGUGACGUAAUUCAAAAUGUUGCAAGUGGCAUACUUCAAGAUGUUGCAAGUGACAUAAUUCAGGAUGGGAAUAAGGACUUUGUUGGAGAAUUAUCAGUGACAUUAGUUGAUGCUAGGAAGCUUAGCUUUGUCUUAUUUGGGAAGACUGAUCCAUAUGUUGUCAUGAUUCUCGGUGAUCAAGUAAUAAAAAGCAAGAAGAAUAGUCAAACAACUGUAAUUGGGAACCCUGGAGAACCAAUUUGGAAUCAAGACUUUCAUAUGCUAGUUGCGAACCCUCGCAAACAGAAGUUGUGCAUUCAAGUAAAAGAUUCAGUUGGUCUAACAGACAUCACUAUUGGCACUGGAGAGGUUGAGUUAGGAUCACUUAAAGAUACAGUACCUACAGACAAAAUUGUAACUUUAUAUGGAGGAUGGGGCUUAUUUGGGAGACGGUCAAAAGGUGAAGUGCUCCUUCGCCUCACCUACAAAGCAUAUGUUGAAGAUGAGGAAGAUGAAGGGGUGAAAAACGAGUUUGCGGCAGGUUAUGUUUCAGACGAGGAUGUGCUAGAUUAUGUCCAAGAUGGUCCAAGUACUGAUAUGAAUGGUAAAGAGAGAGAAACCUUCAUGGAUCUUCUGGCUGCGCUUCUUGUCAGUGAGGAAUUUCAAGGCAUAGUGUCAUCCGAACCCGGAAGCUUCAGAGAUAGUGAGCAGACCAAUGAUCAGCAGGCCACUAAACCCAGAGAUGGGGAAAAUAUUGCAGCUGCUGCAACUGAUACAGGGACAGUCUCCAAUAGUUCGACAGAUACUGCUCUAGUGUGGCUUGCUGCUAUAACAAGUGUGAUGGUGCUGGUCUCCUCCAACCUUGGUGGUUCAGGCUAUUUCAACCCUUGAAUGGUUUAUCUCGAGAAAAAAGAAACUUGAAGAGUUGUUGAGGCAUGAAGAAUCUAAUCUGACUAGGAGUCUUUGGCCGAUCCAUCUGUCUGAUCAUCCGCAGUAGCAGAGAUCGUCUUGUUUUGAUUUUUACCUUUAUUUUUGCCGACAAGUGUAUAUUCCAUUCCCAUGUAUCUAUCAAGCAGAGGAAUCAAGAAUGGCUUGGCUUU